CGCUUGAAAGUUGAAAUCGUCUAGGGUUUCUCGCAAAAUCCGAACACGCAUAAUUCGUCGCGACGCACCACCGGCACCGAGGCAAGCCAAAGGUUAAUUGAGGGUUCUUUGUGUGUCUAAGCAAUGGCAGGGAAGGAAGAUUACAGAAUUUUUGUGGGAGGGUUGCCAUGGGACAUCACUGAAAGACAGCUCGAGGAUGCCUUCAUUCGCUUCGGCAAAAUUUUCGAGUCUCAGAUCAUGUUGGAGAGAGAUACAGGCCGUCCACGUGGCUUUGGCUUUAUUACUUUUGCGGAUCGCCGAGCCAUGGAUGAUGCUAUAAGAGAAAUGCAUGGCCGGGAGUUAGGAGACCGUAUCAUCUCUGUGAACAAGGCCCAACCAAAAAUGGGGGGAGAGGAUGCUGACCAUGGCUAUAGGGGUGGCUACUCAUCGAGUGGCAGGGGAAGCUAUGGAGCUGGAGACAAGCCUGUAGCACAAGAUGAGUGCUUCAAGUGUGGGCGUUUUGGGCACUGGGCUAGGGAUUGCCCUUCUGCUGGUGGUGGCCAAGGUAGCAUGUUAUCUUCACGCUCUAAAUAUGGAGGUCCAGAUGACCAUGGAGAUCGCUUUAGAGACCGUGAUCGCUACAUUGAUGACCGUUAUGAUGGUGGACGAUAUGGAGAUAAGGGGCGUUUUGACAGCAGAGGUGACAAAUAUGGUGGUAGUCGGGAUCGAUAUGUUUCUGACAGGUAUCCACCAGGUGGAGAUCGGUUUGGUGACAGAUAUGGCAGUUCUGAUCGCUUCCCUCAAAAUGGAUAUGGCAAAGAUAGAGGCUAUGACAGGGACAUUGGUUCAAGAGGAAGCAAUAGGUAUGCAACCGGAGGGCCACCACGGGAUGAAGGAAGAGGCUACAGAAACAGGCCUGCUCCUUAUGAUCGUCCACCCAGAGCGCUGCGCCCUUCUUCCUUUGACCGAUACUAAAAGCUUGUUAGUUGUCAGUAAGUCUAUAAAAUUGGUUUGUUAGUUGUCAGUAUGUCCGUGAAACUUGUUGGUCUAAAUGGGAUGCUAGGUGUUCUAUUUUUUCUACCAAUUAGAAUGGUCGAGUUUGUUGCUGACAGUAAGUCUUACGCAUGCUAUCUUGAAAAAUCAUGUUUCCUAGUUUACCGAUUCAAAUCCUUAAUCACCGCUUUCAUGGGUUGACAAAUGAAUGCAACUCAAGUGAUUAAUAAUGUUGCCCAUUUCUUACUAUCAGAAGUAAGUCUUUCUUGAAGAUUGCUUGAUUGAUGGGUAAACGGAUCAAGGCAAUAGUCCAGGGUGGUUGUAAUGGAGAAAUAGAGAACCUAGAGUGAU